UCAACGAGAGUGUGUUCUCGGCAUUUUUCUUCGGGACAACCAGCAUUUGAAAUGCUGGACACUCAUCCUGACUGGGCACCAUCUUUGCUUCUGGGCCAUAAUGAAGUGAAAGUGACAAACAAAGAGAGGUUUGCACGUCAAGUAAGAAGACACCUCAAACAUCAGGGGACUAGCGAGAAGCCAGGAGAGGAAGGGGAGGACACGGUUCCAUCUGAAGUGGAGGAGGUAGCACAAGGUAACGUUACAGAGGAAGAUGUGGAGGAGGUAGCACAAGACACAGAGGAAGAUGUGGAGGAGGUAGCACAAGAUGCAGAGGACACAGCACAAAAUCCUGAUAACCAGAGUGCAGAGAAAUGUGUGCACUGCAAAUCUACACACGCUGAAAUCAACCGUCUGCUCGAGGAAAACAGGAAUCUGAAGCGAGAACUUGAUGAGCGCAAAAUGACAGAGCAAUUUUUGAAGGAUGAUGAUGGCAAGGUAAAAUAUUACACUGGACUUCCAACAUAUGCUAUUUUUCAGGUUUUGCUGUGCCAUAUAAUGCCAUUUCUGCAUCAGGGAAAAAGAAAGUUGACACCUUUUCAAAUGAUCCUUCUCACAUUGAUGCGUCUGAGAUUGGAUCUGCCAAUGCAGCACAUCAGCCAUAUAUUUGGCGUGCACCGAGCGACUGUUAGUGCUGCAUUUCAAGACACAUUAAAUGUACUUUACUCACGCUUAUCUCCACUGGUGCAUUGGCCUGACAGAGAGAGUUUGCGCAUCAGUAUGCCACACCAGUUUGCAGAGACAUUUGGAAAUCGUGUUGCUGCCAUUGUGGACUGCUUUGAAAUUUUUAUAGAAAGACCAUCCAAUCUACAGGCAAGAGCACAAACAUUUUCAAAUUAUAAACACAGACAUACACUGAAAUACCUCAUCGGCAUUACUCCACAGGGAGUAAUUUCAUUCAUCUCCAAAGGGUGGGGUGGGCGGACAAGUGACAAACGAAUAACAGAGGAAAGUGGUUUCCUAGACAAACUACUUCCAGGUGACAUGGUACUGGCAGAUCGAGGUUUUGACAUAAAGGAGAGUGUGGGACUGAUGUGUGCUGAAGUCAAAAUACCAGCGUUCACAAAGGGCCGUCAACAACUGGAUGCAAAGGAUGUGGAGGAAACAAGAUCCAUUGCACAUCUCAGAAUCCACGUGGAGAGAGUUAUUGGACAAGUACGCAACAAGUACAAAAUGUUGUCUUCUAAAAUUCCCAUAAAUAUGGCUCUGCCAUGUGAGGGUGAGACUGUGGUUUUCUUGGACAAAGUUGUCACUGUCUGUUGUGCUCUUACAAACAUGUGUCCAAGUGUUGUGCAGUGAUUGCUAAAUCUACUUUUGUUAUUAUUUGUGGGUCAUUUUCUG